CUACACGUGGGUUAGUUGACCAAAGGCAGAGUCUACGCAACUGUCAACUGAAAUGGCAGCAGAUAUCUUAAUUUACGAAGGCUGUAACUUUUUUAGACAAAGACUCAUAUUGGCUACGUUAAGUGGCAAAACAGUGAAGAUCAAGAAAAUAAGGGCCAAGGAUGAUAAUCCAGGACUGAGAGACUUUGAAGCAAGCUUCAUUCGACUGCUGGAUAAGGUGACCAAUGGAUCAAAGAUCGUUGUGAGUGAAACAGGCACAUGUUUAUUGUACCAGCCUGGCCUGUUGAUUGGAGGAAAUGUGGAUCAUGACUGUAACUUGAAGCGAGCAAUUGGUUACUACCUGGAAGCACUCCUCUGCUUAUCUCCCUUUACCAAGGAACCUCUCCAUGCCGUGCUAAAGGGAAUAACCAAUGAUCAAACAGAUCCUUCUGUUGAUCUUAUCAAACUGUCCAUGUUGCCUGUGCUCAAGCGAUUUCUCGGAACCGAUGAAGGCUUGGAGUUAAAGGUUAGUCGCAGAGGGGCAGCCCCUGAUGGGGGAGGAGAGGUUGUUUUUACUUGUCCAUGUCGACAGAAACUUCGCCCCAUACAGCUGACAGAGCCAGGCAAAGUUAAGAGGAUAAGAGGAAUAGCUUGGGCCACCAGAGUAUCUCCAGCUAUAGCCAACAGGAUUGUGGACUCAACCAGAAGCAUUUUGAAUAAAUGCCUACCAGAUAUUUACAUCUACACUGACCACCACAAGGGAAGUCAAUCUGGGAGGAGUCCUGGGUUUGGGCUGACCUUGGUAGCAGAGACAACAAAUGGAGUGUUUUUGAGUGCAGAAUCUGCAUCAAAUCCUAAAGGUUCCGAAAAUGGAGUUACAGUUCCUGAAGACCUAGGCAAAAAUACAGCCCUUUUACUUCUGCAAGAAAUAUAUAAGGGAGGCUGUGUAGACACGACUGGUCAGAGCAUGGCAGCUCUGUUCAUGGUUCUCGGUCAGCAAGAUGUGUCCAAGCUUCUAAUUGGUCAGCUCACUCCUUACACGAUCCAGUAUCUGCGCCACAUUCGUGACUUUCUACAGGUCAUGUUUAAAAUGGAUGUCCAGAGAAAGGACGAGGAAGAUACCCAAACAGGAGGAGACAACCUACUUCUGACAUGUGUGGGUGUCGGAUACUCCAAUAUCAGCAAGCGCAUUCUUUAACAACGGGCAUCCCAUUGUUUUUGAAUUUUGAACUUGAAAAAUGACAUUGAUUCAUAAGCUAUCAGCUGAUCAUAAUUGCCAUCGCAGCAUAUGUUAAAGACAUGUGUUGUUAUGGUAAUUACAUUUCACUUAGGCUGUAAUGGAGGACUUUUGAAUUCGUGACACAGUUUUCAUCUUGCUCCUACAUUUAUCUGCAUACCAAUAUGUGAGCAAAUUCAUCAAUAUUCAUCUGGACUGAUGAAAUCGGUGAAAUCACCAAUGAAGUGACUGUGUAUGUCAAGAAGUUGGCAGAUACUUUUAUAUAUGGACUAAUGAAACGCUGUUUACGACGGUAAUUCCAUUUUGUGGUUUUUAAAAUAACUCUUCACCACAUCUUUUUGUUUAUCAAUAUUGUUCUAUGAUUUUCAUCGUAAAUCUGUUUAUAUACAUAUUUCUAGCAUAUCUGCCAAAUACAUACUGCACAGAGAAUAGAGACGUUGACUGCAUGUAUCGUACCGUAUAUGCAGUGAAGUUUUUCAUGAGAACCAACACUGUUGUCGAAUAGUAACACCAUAGCAUUCAGCAGGGUUGUUCCAUCUACAGGGAGGAUAGGUUGGUAGCACUGACAGUUUAAUCUUAUGAAAACAAACUAUACGACAUCAUCAGCAUAAAGCUGUGCAAUCCACACAUAGGUCAGUAUGUUUAACUUGAGGGCAGAUUACUUACACUCGCUGUCAGAUCUAUGUACACUUAGAAACUACCAAGUAUAAACAAAAGCCACAGCAAAAUUCUACGGAUACAUGUUAAUUUAUUUACUUUGAUUUUUCAUCGAAAUUUUCAUGUUCAUUCAAAAUUGUCCAGUCUUUAUCAUUUUAUGUGGUAAAUAAUAAAGUGUUUUCCAGUGCCCACACAAACACCCUACCUCUUUAUCCAAUGUUUGUAUAAUACGCUGGAGGCUCAAAUAUAUGGUGACAUGGGCAAGUAAGUGUGAGAAAUAUCCAAGCCUGCAGGCCUUCAUCCCGGACUUCAUGUUAUCAGUGACGGCACAAAGCAGUUGAGCUAGCUGAGAAUCUCUAGCUGGUAACAUCCUGUUUAUGAUGGCCGUCUGUCAAUCUCUUUUUAGUUUUAUUUCCACAUCUCAACACUCCUGUCUGAAAUCUUCUCGCAAAUAAAAGACUUAAAUGUAUGAAAAUCACCCAACAACCAACAUGAACAUAUCACAUGCCAAAUGCGGGAUUCUCAUUGGUUCUCGACAUGUGGACCCUCUAGUUCUUUAAAGUUGACUCUUCCAUGGAGCGAUCAGUGCAAGAGAAGUGUAAUUAAAAUAAAGGGGUGAAUAGGUAGUCUGAAAAACGAAAGGGAGUAAAAACGGUAUAUUAGGGUAAAAUACAUGUGAACAAACUGUUGUGUUAGAAUAGAAUGAAGCCAUUAUUUCUUAAUAUCUGAUGUUCACAGCCGCACUGCGUCUUCAUAUACCAUCCACAUAAACUGCUGGAAUACGAAUGAAAAAUGAUCUUCAUCUUACUUUGAUUACACUGGCUGAAUGUCAGUAUCUAUGGAUAUCAGUCGCAGUGGGCGGCUUCAGUGGCCUGAUGAUUAGAGCAUCUGUCUCCCAGUCAGGAGACCUGGAAUCAAACCCGGGUCAGGUCAUACCACAGACUUGAAUAAUUUUACUUGUUGUAGCCUGAAAAUCCGCUCUAAGGAUAACUUAUAUUUACUGAUACACAGAGACCGCUUCCACCCUUAGCCCGGACGAUGUGUGCACACGAUAACGACAUAUCCAUAUUCAGCUACCCUAUUGGCAAAGCUUGAUGUAUACGCAAUACUUAUACUUAUAUCCAAAUCCACUUAAUACAUGGCUUAUCAGCAAGGUAAGACAUUUAUGCACAUUUUGCAACCGUUGACACUGGCCCUUACUUGAUAUUUCCUCAGAAAUAUUAGAAGAAGGUCUACUUUGAGCUACUCACCACGUGAUGCUGUCUACCCGAUUGACCUAAAUUGGUACGUUAAUCACGUUGAGGUCUAUUGAGAAUCUGACAUCAUGCAAACAUGUAUCUCAAUUCCAUUCUAUAGAACAGCUCAGCAGGCAAGGAUGGACCAUGGUGUUGUUUUAAAAGCUAAUUGUUGAGUGAAGUAGAAAUAUGAAGGGCCAGAUUCUUUUAAAAUGGCAAGAAAUUGACGCUGUGACUGCAAGUUUUUUUUUUCUCUUCAAAAUCCAAACGUCAACCACAUGAGUUACCUUGGAUAGCAUGGAAUACCACUGGUAUAUGCCACAGAAUUGGAUAAAAAUUGUCCAGGAGACCAUGAAAUUGUGCACGAAUGUAAUUCACUUGACUUCUGUCAUUGACACGUAUGUGUUUUCUUGUAUUUUCGUUCCGCCGAAUUAGUCGGCAGAAGGCUCUGUUCCCAUAUCCAUGUUUUACUAUGGACAGCUCCUCGGCUGUGAACUAGACCUUACAUAAUAUUAAAAGUUCACAGCCGAUUUUUUGGCUAUACUUACUGCUGCCUCGCUAGGCACUCAGCACAUUUCCCUGCUGAGAUUAGAGCAGGGAAACCAGACUGGUUGGCCCAGUGUCAGUAUAAUGUGUCUUGGUGGGGUGUCAUGUCUGGUGUCUUCGGCAUGAUACGUCAGUUGCAGCAGCACUUUGGAGGCAUGGACUGGCUGUACCACAAGAAGACAGAAUGUAUAUGUACACACACCUAAUGAUGACCCAUCAUCAUAGGACUGAGGAAAUGUAUGAUGUAAAACCCCAAACGUACAUACAUACAUACAUCCAUACAUAAUCUGUAAUUACCCAGUAAACCUUGUCUAACAAAUAGUUUAAAACAUUUUGUUAAAAUGA